UACGACUACCCGGGAGCCGACUACGAUGGUGGCGAUUUCGGUGGCGGUGACGACUUUGGCGGCGGUGAUUUUGGUGGAGGCGAUUUUGGCGGAGAUUUUGGUGGAGGAGAUUUCUAAAUGUUAUGGUUCUCAUAACGCUUAUCCGCACUGUCUGCACAUCUCCGUUUUUGAACUCUCAUGUGCAAAAUGUAUUUGUCCUUUUAUCCGCUUUUGUUUGUACUAUCAUGCAGCUGUGAAUUAAUC